UUUCCUGCAAACCCUAGCUUCUUUAUUUUCCUCUGCCGCUCCGUUUUCUUAAUUAUCUCAUCAAGUGAAAAUGAAGGUUGUCGCCGCCUACUUGCUCGCCGUACUUGGAGGAAACGCUUCCCCUUCAGCCAAGGACUUGAAGGCCAUUCUUGGAUCAGUUGGAGCUGAGGCUGAAGAUGAUAGGAUAGAGUUGCUAUUGUCCGAAGUUAAAGGAAAAGAUAUUACCGAAUUAAUUGCUUGUGGAAGGGAGAAGUUGGCUUCAGUUCCUUCUGGUGGUGGUGCUGUUGCAGCUGCUGCUACUUCCGCUGGUGGCGGUGCUGCUGCUGCUGCUCCUGCUGCUGAGGCCAAGAAAGAGGAGAAGGUCGAGGAGAAAGAAGAAUCCGAUGAUGAUAUGGGUUUCAGCCUCUUUGACUAAGCAGGCAAAGCAAAAUAUCAAUGCUUGAGGGUUCCUCGUACAGUUGCAUGCUUUGUUUGAGUUUUAAUGUAAUUUUUUUCUUCAUGUUUUUCGAUUCUUAGCUCUUCUGGGAUCUUUAAGUUUUGUUUGAGAAAAAUAUUCAAAUAACAUUAACAUUUUUGUUAUAAUUAUGGAUUUCCGGAUUAAA